UGCAGGAAAGAUGCACUUCCCCCAUUUCUCCUUGUGUGGGUUCCUGUGGGUCUCACUGCCCCUUUUCUAUAGCCGGCCCGUGAAAGUCGACAAGCUGGUCGCUGACACUAAAAGUCUCACCAAGACCAUUGUGGCCAGGAUCCAGGAGCACCAGUUCCCUCCGCUGAGCCUGAAGAUCCAUGGGCUGGAUUUCAUCCCUGGGGCGCUGCCUGUGGAGAGCCUGGAGGCUAUGGAUGAGGCCCUGGAGGUCUUCCACCAGGUCCUCUCCAGCCUGCCUUUGGAGGCCCCCGUGGCCCAGAUUGCUAACGACGUGGAGAACCUCCAGAGCCUGCUGCGGCUGCUGGCCGCUCACCUCGGCUGCCCCAUCCACGGGCCUUCCCGGGCCGAAGCCCUGGGCAACCUGACGGAGCUGCUGGCCAUCUCCCCCUACACCACGGCCGUGGUGACUUUGGACCGGCUCCAGAAGUGCCUGCUGAGCGUUGCCAAGUAUCUGGACCACGUUCAGAACUGCUAGGAGCAGAGCAAACGCUGCUGCACCGCCUCUCUCUGGUGGGAGAGGCUCUGGGCGAGGUGGGCCGGGCCCCGUCAGGCCUUGCCCACAAACGGGGUGAGGCCCCCUGCCAGAAGCAAAGGCCUCGGUCCCCUCUGGGACGGUAGCAAAAACCCACCUGUGAGCAACAGAGUCACGAAGGUGUGUGCACUUCCAAAUGGCAUCCCAGGCCAAUCUAUGGACUUUGGUAUCAUUUGAGGUUGCCUUUGGUGCCACAAUGGUAUUCCUGGAUGCCGCCAUCC